AUGGAAAGAUUUCAGUCUUCCAUGCGCAAAAGGCUGUACAGCUUGCCGCAAAACAUUGGGCAGAAAGCCUUCGCGAUUGAUGAGGGAGACAACGGCGACAAGGACACUAAGAGGAAAAGUAUUCGGCUAAAACAUUUGUCCUCUCUGUCUCCUGCAAGCAGUUGCAAGAGUAUCGAGGAGGCCAGGAGCGAAGACUUGGAGAGGAACGUGACUGUCAAGACCAACUUGAACGGGGACUGUCGCUUGUUUAGGGGCAGCAUCUCCUCCAUCACCGGGCGGCAUCCUCCAGGGUCCGACCCGGCGGAGCAGCAGCGCCUCAUCCCCGAGGCGGGUGUCAGAGAGAGUUACCCCGCAGAGCAGAGCCCCGCGGCCCAGCAGCGGGCAGCGGGGGCUCUGAGUGGCGCAGCCGGGCAGGGGACCGUGUUUGACCAGUCAAGUUUUAUUAAGUUGGAAGGCACCGAGCAGAUGAUACCCGAGGACGAGCGGCUGUACCAAGCCGGCUUCAUGCACCGGCAGUUCGGGGCGAUGCUCCAACCGGGAGUCAACAAGUUCUCCCUGCGGAUGUUGGGGAGCGAGAGGGCCGUGGAGCACGAGAGGGAGAGAGUAAAGUCUGCUGGCUUCUGGAUAAUCCAUCCAUACAGUGAUUUUAGGUUCUACUGGGAUCUGACCAUGUUGCUGCUGAUGGUGGGGAACCUCAUCAUCAUCCCCGUGGGCAUCACCUUUUUCAAGGACGAGCACACGCCGCCCUGGAUCGUCUUCAACGUGGUCUCGGACACCUUCUUCCUCAUGGACCUGGUCCUCAACUUCCGCACGGGCAUCGUCAGGGAGGACAACACCGAGAUCAUCCUCGACCCGCAUCAGAUUAAGGUCAAAUACCUGAAGACCUGGUUUGUGGUGGAUUUCAUCUCGUCCAUACCCGUGGACUACAUCUUUCUCAUCGUGGAGACACGCAUCGACUCAGACUUUUACAAGACAGCCCGAGCCCUGAGGAUUGUCCGGUUCACCAAGAUCCUCAGUCUGCUACGGCUGCUGCGCCUCUCCAGACUCAUCCGCUACAUCCACCAGUGGGAAGAGGUUUUCCAUAUGACCUAUGACCUGGCCAGCGCCAUGGUACGCAUCAUGAACCUGAUUGGUAUGAUGCUGCUGCUAUGUCACUGGGAUGGCUGCCUGCAGUUCCUGGUUCCCAUGCUACAGGACUUCCCUCAGGACUGCUGGGUCACUAGAAACAAGAUGGUGAAUGACACUUGGGGUCAGCAGUACUCCUACGCCCUGUUCAAGGCCAUGAGUCACAUGCUGUGCAUCGGGUACGGCCUGUACCCCCCCAUCGGCAUGGCUGACGUGUGGCUCACCAUCCUCAGCAUGAUCGUGGGCGCUACCUGCUUUGCCAUGUUUGUGGGUCAUGCAACUGCACUCAUUCAGUCUCUGGACUCCUCCAGGAGGCAGUACCAAGAAAAGUAUAAGCAGGUGGAGCAGUACAUGUCCUUCCAUAAGCUCCCUGCCGACAUGCGGCAGAGAAUCCACGACUACUAUGAACACCGUUAUCAGGGCAAGAUGUUUGACGAGGAAAGCAUUUUGGAGGAGCUGAAUGAGCCACUGCGAGAGGAGAUCAUCAACUUUAACUGUCGCAAACUGGUGGCCUCCAUGCCUCUAUUCGCCAACGCUGAUCCCAACUUUGUCACCUCCAUGCUGACAAAACUGCACUUCGAGGUCUUCCAGCCAAGCGACUACAUCAUCAGAGAGGGAACCAUCGGCAAGAAGAUGUACUUCAUCCAGCACGGUGUCGUCAGCGUCAUCACCAAGAACAGCAAUGACACCAAGCUGUCUGACGGCUCUUACUUUGGAGAGAUCUGCCUGCUCACCCGAGGCAGGAGGACAGCCAGCGUGCGAGCAGAUAACUACUGUCGGCUGUACUCUCUGUCGGUGGACAACUUCAACGAGGUGCUGGAGGAGUAUCCCAUGAUGAGGAGGGCCUUUGAGACCGUGGCUCUGGAUCGCCUGGACCGCAUCGGAAAGAGGAACUCUGUUCUGCAGAAUAAAGUCCAGCAUCACCAAAGUGCUGGCACUUUAAACUUCCAAGAGACUGAGAUCAUCCAAAGAAUAGUGCAACAUGACCGCGACAUGGCCCACUGCACGCAGCUGAUCCAGAGCAGCCCACAGAGCCUCCACCCUCCCCCUGCUCCCCCGUCACCCACCCCGGUCAUCUGGGCCCCGCUGAUUCAGGCCCCGCUCCAGGCCGCUGCUGCCACCACCCCGAUGGCUCUGGCCUUAGCCCACCACGCCCAUCUGCCCCCCAUCCUCUUCCACCAUCCUCUGGCACCAGGCUCCCUGAUGGACCCCGCCGGCCUUCCAAGGAAAGUCCAUGUUGGAGCGAACACGUCCAGCGGCUGUGGUUCAGGGCCUGGUUCUCCUGUCAUUUCCAACAUAAUCAGAUCCGGGAUUGAGACUCCCACUUUGGCGUCCCUCAGGGCACAGCAUCUCGCCGCUGGGCCCGUGUCACCCACCAUGACGUCCCAGCCCAUCUUCACCAGCAGCCUGCAGCCUCUGGGCCCUCUGCCCUCUCACCAGCUCUCACACCACCCUCCCCACUCGGGCAUGGCCUCAGUCUUCCCCAUCAGCCAGACCACUGUCUCCUACACCUGCUCUGCUCAGCUCCACCCUCAGCCCUUCUACGGUGCCAUGACCACCCCACCACACCCGAUAGGUUUACUCCAGCAGGGGGCGUCGGGGAGGCUACUAGGGAGAUUCCCAGCCCCCUCCGCCUCCACCAUAAGCCCUCUCAUCUCUAGCUCGGUCGGCCCCUUACUAAGCCAGCUGCAGCAGCCGUCUCACGCCACCAUGCAGCAGAUGGGGUACAUUCAUGACAGAGCAGGCAGGACAUCCAGCGGGCUGAACCUCCCACAUUUGCCCUUCAUCACCAGCACUCACUCCUCCACUGGAUUUAUUCAGCCAGGGUCUGCCGUUGUGGCUGGGGCCGCAGCCUCCCUGGCGCAGCAAAGCCUCGCAGGUCUCCAGUCUGUUUUCCUCCCCCAGGUUCUCUCCGAGCACUCGGCCCUCGCCUCCCUGGCCCAGUAUGGCUCCGCCGAGGCUUCACCCUGCUACACGCCUCCAGUCCACAGUCCCAGCAUACAGAGCCCUGCGAGGGGAAGGACAGUGUACCACAGUGAGCUCCCCAGCGCUGUGGGCUCUCGCAGCCCUCUGAUCCCUCAGACCUCAUGCCCAGCCAGGGUGGCCUGUACCUUCAAAGAGAGGGCCGAGUCCUCGGUGGAUCUCUUUACCCAGGAAAUAAAGACUAUCUCAGGCUCUCACAGCUCUUUACACCAGGAAAGGCCUUUGGCCAUGAGCGGCUCCUCAGAAGGUUUUGCACCGGGACCCAGCCCCUUCUCCUCCCCGUUGGCUGUCAGCAAACCCUACAGCCCAAUCCUCGGUCAAGUUGCUCCUGUCAGUCGGACAAAUUCAGGACCUGAACCUCAGAACCAGUCCGCUGGUGUUCACUCUUCCCAGGCUAGAUCCCCCGCUAAGAUCUUGGGAACCGAACACAAGCAGUCCAAACUUCCAUCUAACUUGUGA